AUGGCCGAUCUAGUUCCUCUGUUUCAUACAUGGCGCGGAAGCCACACAAGCCGAAGCGGACCGAAGAUGCGCGACUGCAAACGCAAAGUUCUGGACGAAACGCGAGCGCAACUUGCGCAGAACCUUGCUUCGGAGCCUGGCGUAGCCUACGUGCGAUACAACAACCACAUACAAAAAGUUGCACCCCACGGGACUAUCUACACGUUCUCCGGCAAGGAAGAACCCGUUUACAGCGACGAGGACUCUCAUAGGGAUAGCCAUGGGUGGAGGGGGACCGUAACGUGUGAACUGACGGCAUAUUUCAGAGUGCGGGAAGUGAGCCCCCAAUCGUAA